AUGCCGAAAGUGUUUAGAUAUUUGAAAACUGCUCUUUCGCCUAGUAUCGGAACUGCAUCGCCUCGAGAGUCAGUAGACGACAAUAACGCGUCGCGCAAGGCAUCGUUUACUUCUUCGGCCGACGACACAUGGCUUCCAGAUUUUGAUCCGCUCACAGUCUCGGCGUUCGAGCUUUCGGAACUUCUGAAUGCGCAGGCUCUUACAAGUGUACAGAUUGUACGGAUGUAUCUGAAAGAGAUUGAAUUGCACAACAGAAGAGGAAGACAAUUACGCGCAUUGAUUUCGGUGGCGCCAAAGCAUGAAGUGUUGAAGAUAGCGAGGAAGCUCGACGAAGAACGAGCAAGAGGCAAGAUAAGAGGUCCAUUACACGGUAUUCCAAUAGUACUGAAGGACAACAUUAUGACCGAUGAGAAACUAGGAAUGGACACCACAGUGGGGUCGUAUGCUUUCGUAGGCUGCAUACCAAAGAAAAGCGCAACCAUCGUUCAACGACUGAUCAAACGAGGCAUGAUCAUCAUUGGUAAAUCUAACCUAACCGAAUUCUGCGGCCUCAAAAACCCUUCGAUGCCCCCAGGAUGGUCUGCAGUGGGCGGACAAUGUCAGUCACCGUACGUGUCAAGACACAUUGAGAAAAGAAAGCUACAUUGGGAACUUUCUGCGCCAGGAGGAUCUUCGACCGGAUCCGCAGUCGCAGUAGCUUCAGGUUUCAGCACUCUUGCCAUCGGAACAGACACUAUCGGAUCUCUGAUCACGCCGGCAAACCGUGCAGCUCUUUACGCUUUGAAGCCCACAGCUGGCGUGGUGCCAAUGGACGGAAUCUUCAAUCUGAGUAAAACAUUCGACGCCGUUGGAGGCAUGGCCAAAUCUGCGAAAGACCUUGUAGCGCUAAUGGACGCCAUGAUGGUUCCCACCAACCGCGAAGAAAACACGAGAAGCCCACACAGAUCGUUCAAGAUCAAGCCAGACUUCGGGUCGCUCCGUAUCGGCAUAUGCGAGCCGACCAUCUGGAAAGCGUGGCGUAAAAGCGGGCGGAUCAAUGCUGACGCCGAGCGGUUCAUGAUACAAAAAUAUGACAUGAUUGUUCAGAGCAUGAUCGAGAUGGGAGUCGAUGUCGUGUAUCCGGUGGAGUUACCGAACCAAUCGAGCUUGACUAUCGAUGGCAAGAACUGCUUUGAGCCUGUCGUGUACUCUGAAUUCAAGGAUUGUCUUGCAGAAUUUAUUCGCGACUUCAGGAUCACGAAGAUACACUCUUUGGCCGAGAUCAUUAACUUCAACCUGGAUCACCCCGAGCUGUGCCUACCACCAACAUGUCCGGAUCAGAACGAUCUAAUGGCUGCCCUGCAGUCUAGCACCAAGCGCGAAGAGGUCAACGCCGCACGGCAACAUCUUCAAACCGCCAGCGGACCUGAAGGUCUCGAUUUCCUCUUUGCUACGAAACAACUCGACCUCAUUGUUGCUCCCGGCGAUGCACCUCUCUCUACACUCGCAGCAGCAGCCGGCUAUCCAACUGCCGCGUGCCCACUCUCCGCCCUCAAGCUCAACGGCCAACCUUUCGGCAUUACCUUGGCCUCACGUCCACACACCGAACAUAUACUCCUUCACUUCCUGACCGCCUAUGAGAACAUCUUUCCACCACGCGCACUACCAAUGCCUCUUUCGUCAGUACCUUUGCAAGAUCCGAAUCCUGAACCUUUACCAGACCAGCCGAUUGUUGAUUUGAUACUGCAUGAAUGGGACACACGGAGAUUCAGUUGCAGUGCCGAUGCGCUUGCAGAUUGGCUGAAUGCGCGAUGGCGGAAGAGCGGUUAUGAAUUGAGUGCAGAGACGAUCUGUGAAGUGCUGCGAAGUAAUGGUCGAAUUGCGUUCAGAGGCUUGGGUGACGAUGCCGAGGGCGCAUUUUCGAGAUGA